CGGACCUCUUCGAUUGUUUUCCGUGUUUCUCCAUCCGGUUCACCGUCGUAAUCCGUCACAAUGGUCCGCAUCUCCGUCCUCGCCGAUACCCUCAAGUCCAUCAACAACGCCGAGAAGCGCGGCAAGCGCCAGGUCCUCGUCCGCCCCUCCUCCAAGGUCGUGGUCAAGUUCCUGACCGUCAUGCAGAAGCACAACUACAUUGGCGACUUCGAGGUUGUCGAUGACCGCCGCGCCGGCAAGAUCGUCAUCAACCUCCUCGGCCGCAUCAACAAGUGCGGUGCCAUCUCCCCCCGCUACGACAUCAAGCUCAACGAGAUCGAGCGCUGGGUCUCCUACCUGCUGCCCGCCCGCCAGUUCGGUUUCUUCGUCAUCACCUCUUCCGCUGGUAUCAUGGACCACGAGGAGGCCCGCCGCAAGAACGUUGGUGGCAAGAUCCUCGGCUUCUUCUACUAAGCAGCCCCGGUCUGUUGUGUGCCCGCCCGCCCGCGUGCGCGCGCAUGCGCCGUGCUGCGUGAGCGCCGGAUGAAAGCACCGUGCUCGCAUGUGUGUGCUGCCCUCCCCCGCCACUUCUCAUCGCGCUCGCCCGACGACACGCGCCGCAUGUGUGGCACCAUCCGUCGUCAGAGACAUCCCAUAUACAUGAGCGCGUCCGUGCGCGCGCCCCCCGUCCGUGUUCCCCCUCCCGGAUAUGGUGUGUGUGCGCAUGCGUCCCCACAAAAUAUAUACUGAUGGCACUC